AGUGUAGCUGUGCCAAUCGCACACUGCUGCGGAGAGUAUCGAGUAAAAUUGACCAAUCAAGAACGUGGGUGUGUCUAGUAACCAGGAAGCAGCGGUGGGAAGCGCACAAGGAAGAAGUGUGAGUGGGAAUUGCAGCAACUGAGUGAUAAUGAGCUCCCCGUGUAAACUGCCCCACGGACACAGCCACCAGCACAGCCACCACCACCACCAUCAUCAUGGGGGCCCCGAGGAGGACCCCGCAGCAGCAGUGCAGAAUACAGCGGAAGACUACAGCAACUGGGAUAUUGUUAAAGCCACACAGCACGGAAUGCUGGAGAGGUGCAGGGAGUUGGUGGACGCAGGUUAUGAUGUCAGACAACCGGACAAGGAAAACGUGACUCUUCUUCACUGGGCCGCCAUUAAUAACAGACUGGAGCUUGUCAAGUAUUUCAUCUCCAAAGGAGCCAUUGUGGAUCAGCUGGGCGGGACUUUGAAUUCUACACCACUUCAUUGGGCCGUAAGGCAGGGUCACCUACAAAUGGUCAUUAUGCUGAUGAGGUGCGGCGCUGACCCCACUCUGAUCGAUGGGGAGGGUUACAGUAGUCUCCAUUUGGCCGUUCUGUUCCAGCACUUGCCUAUUAUUGCCUAUCUGGUGUCCAAGGGGCAGAGCGUCGACUCCCCAGACAUGAAUGGAAUGACUCCUCUCAUGCUCUCCGCCCACAGAAUCAUUGGGUUGGAGCCCACAAACUUCCUGUUAAAGUUGAAUCCAUCAAUUCACGCCACAGAUAAAGUUGAACGUAACACAGCUCUGCACUGGGCAGUCGUAUCUGGCAAUGUCAACGCUCUGGAUCUGCUGCUGGAGUCGGGCUGUAACUUGGACGCAGUGAAUGCCAAGGGUGAGACCCCCCUCGAGAUCGCCCGGCAAACCAGAAACCGAUUGACUGUCCAUAUACUCGCGGGUGAGGCGCAAAUGAGAUCCAGGCGCAGCUCACGGAUAAUGAAGGCUCUGCAACAAUAUGAGAUCUCGUUGGUCUCACUGAUGGUUCUGCUCAUCAUCUGGGCCGUGGGCUACGUCCUGGAUAUGAACACGGAUUCCUGGCUACUCAAAGGGACUCUCUUGGCUCUGCUGACUGCCGCCUCACAGCUCUUUGCCAGACAUUUCAUUGGUUAUAAGAGCCAAAAGUCGCUCCCCGCCAUCUUCUUCAGCUGCUCCAUCUUCUGGAUGUUCCUGACGUGGUUCAUCUACUUCCUGCCCAGCUUGGCUCGGAUGAUGUUUCAGUUGCCCUUUAUUAUCAGCAUGUUGUUCCUUUUCUACUUCUUCUACAAGACCUGGAGCACUGACCCCGGAUACAUAAAGUCGUCUGAGGAGGAGUCCAGACAGACCAUUAUUACCCUGGCUGAAGCUGGAUGUUUGGACGGCAGGUUAUUCUGCACUUCCUGUUUGGUGAAGAAACCAGUCCGAUCCAUGCACUGUCAGACGUGUAACUCCUGCGUGGCCAGAUUUGACCAGCACUGUAUGUGGACUGGCCAGUGUAUCGGUGCGGGUAACCAGCAUUACUUUGUGCUCUUCCUCGGCUCACUCUCACUCGUGGGAAACUGGAUGAUCUAUGCCACGGCUGUGUAUUGGUCAGAUCACUGCGGUGUCGGCAGCAAGAAGGACGGGAUGUGGAUGAUGCUGAGUCACAUGAUCGACUGCUCCCCGUGGGUUCUCUACAUGUUCUGUCUGGUCUGUACCUUCACUAUCUGGGCCUCCCUCAUGCUCCUAGUUCAGCUGUACCAGAUCACGUUCCUCGGCCUCACAACUCAGGAGCGAAUCAGCCUGCAGGUACAGAACCGCCAUUUAAAGCAUCAGGUCUCGCUGCGGAGAACUCCAUUCAACCGGGGCUGCCGUCAGAACCUGUCCGACUUCUUUCACUGCCAGUGUUUUGGACUGAUCAAAAGUCAACAAGCCAUCGACUGGACCAAGCAGUUCCACGGGGGGAUCCCCCCAGCCAGAAUGCGGCACCCCCAGACCGUCUGAAGGAUUCCCGCCAGGAAAACCCAUUCUCCUCUUUCAUUACUUCCCAUCAUUCCGCUAAAGGGUUAACGUCCCGCCUCCUGGUUCUGAGAAGGAACAAGACGAGUGAUCAGGUUUUCUGAUUUCCUAUUGGAUGUGACCAGUGACUGUAUCACAAUAUAAUGACGUAAGGUCUUGGGGGCUCAUUUACCAGCGCAAAGGGCUACGAUGGACUCGCGUUUAUUGAUUAUUAAUUAGGCUACUUGCCCCUACACACACACCCCCCAGCUGCUCUGAUAAAUUAUAUGGCUGCAAAUCCACAAAUCUUGAUAAAAACACUGACCUUCCCUAAUGCACCUGCCUUGUUCUACUGGAACUCAGGGGAAAUGCAUUGUGGGUAAAAGAUAUGGUGAUUUGCAUCCAAUUAGAGCAGUGAUUGACUAAAUGAGACUCCUGGUGUUACAGCGCUAGUGACUCCUAGUGGGGAUAUUUGGGUACUGCAGGGGCAUAUCAUUAAGCUUCAGAUUCAGUCUCAUUUCUCAUAACAAAUUAGGGGUGCACAGAAUUCAGGAUUCGGUUCUGGAUUCGGCCGAAUUCUUCUGCCAGGGCCGAACCAAAUU